AUGAGUGAAGAGCCGAGUGACGACCUCAACACCUGUCCCCUGUGCUGCAAUAAGAUGACUGGACAGGAUGAACUCCUUUUCUUCCCAUGUACCUGCAAUUACCAGGUCUGUGCUUUCUGCUUCGACAAAGUCAAAGGUGGCCAAUGCCCUCAUUGCAGGACAGUAUAUGACCCUAAAGUAUAUAGAAGAUUGACUCCCGAAGAGUUUAUGCGGCAAUUUCCCGACAAAAGAUUGCCUCAAUCUAAACCUCGUUCCAGACCUGUAAAGUCUCAUAGGCAAAGCACCCUUCUUUCUUCCAGCCAUUCACAUAUUAAUAAGAGCGAAUUGAGCAAAACGCGGGUCUUGCAAAGUAAUCUUGUUUAUGUGACAGGGGUUCCCAAUUCACUGACAGUGGACGAGCUGAAGUCUUCUAGCUUUUUUGGUAAGUAUGGAACUGUGCUAAAAAUAGUAGCCAAGCACAACGCACACAUAGAAGCUCAUCGGCACACAUAUGCACUUUACAUUACAUAUAGUACGGACGAAAGUGCAAAAGACUGUAUCCUAUCGUCUACAGAAACAUACCUUGGUGGAAACUUACUUAGGUGCUCAUUUGGGACGACAAAGUUUUGCACUUCCUUCCUAGAUGGUAAGCAAUGCGCUAACAAAGAUUGCAUGUUUCUUCACGAUCUUAGAGAUGAUCAUAUAAUCUUCACAGAAAAGGACACAAACAAUAAGCGCCGCUUCAAUGAGUAUGUACAUCCAAAAGUGCCCCAGAAUAGAAUUACUUUUAUAGACAAUCCUGGUCAAAUAGCGGGCCUCCCGCCAUCAUGGGACAAGGAGCAAAGCAAGAACCACUCUGGAGAAAUGGACGGCUCUCGGGUCCAAGGAACCCCCACUCCUUAUUGGAAGAUUGCGCCAGGUAAAGGGCUAGAUUUAAAACAGAAACUUGAGUUACUGCACCCCUACGAAAUAGAAGAAUACACCACAAAGCUUGCCGGCCUCACCUUCCCAGACACCCCUCUAUUUUUCCCACUUCCUCCCUGUCGAUAG